ACUUCCCUUUAGCUUCCUCUUUACUGCGCGGUCCUGAACGAGACAGGUGCAGUAAGCCACCAUGCCUGUUGCCAGGAGUUGGGUUUGCAGCAAGACUUAUGUCACCCCCCGCCGCCCCUUCGAGAAGUCCCGCCUCGACCAGGAGUUGAAACUCAUUGGUGAGUAUGGACUGAGGAAUAAGCGUGAAGUGUGGAGGGUGAAGUUCACUCUGGCCAAGAUUCGCAAAGCUGCCAGAGAGCUGCUCACUCUGGAUGAGAAGGACCCCAAGCGUCUGUUUGAAGGUAAUGCUUUGCUCAGGCGUUUGGUGAGGAUUGGUGUGCUGGAUGAGGGUAAGAUGAAGCUCGAUUACAUCCUGGGUCUGAAGGUUGAAGAUUUCUUGGAAAGAAGGCUGCAGACGCAGGUCUUCAAGCUUGGACUUGCCAAGAGCAUCCACCAUGCCAGAGUCCUUAUCCGCCAGAGACACAUUCGCGUGCGCAAGCAGGUGGUGAACAUCCCCUCCUUUGUGGUUCGUCUGGACAGUCAAAAGCACAUCGACUUCUCCCUGAGGUCACCCUAUGGUGGUGGACGACCAGGCCGUGUCAAGAGAAAGAACGCCAAGAAGGGCCAGGGUGGAGCUGGAGGAGCUGAUGAUGAAGAGGAGGAUUAAGAAGGGUGCUCUUCAAGGAGUACUUUGAUUCUUCUUGCUCUGUUAAAAUUUAUAAAUAAAAAAAUUUUGGUCUCACCAGAUAA